GAAACGGCUCGCAACCCAGCCAGCGUCCAAAACCAAAAACAAAACCAAAACUAAACGGCUCGCCACCCAGCUUGACUCGAAGUCCUCGUACACCGCGCACGAAUCACUGUUCCCACACCACACCACACCCCACUCCGCUCCGCUCUGCUUGCUCACGAGUACCAAUUACCAAACCAUCGAGCACGCGGAAAGGAAGAAACCCACCCGAGGAGGAGAAAAGAAAAGGGGAGAAACCUUCGCUAUCUAGCUGCGGAGCUCCCGGUUUGAGCAAGAAAAGGGAGUGACAAGAAGAGCAGGGGAGAGGCGAGGGAGAUCGAGAGCAAGGAGGAGGGAUGGGAGGGGUGACGUCGAGCGUGGCGGCGAAGAUGGCCUUCUUCCCGCCGACGCCGCCGUCGUAUGCGCUGGUGGAGGACCCGGCGGCGGGGGUCACCACGCUCAGCGGGCAGCCGCACAGGGAGAACGUCGAGGUGCUGCGCCUCCGCACGAGGAAGGGCAACUCCCUGGCGGCGCUGUACGUGCGGCACCCGGAGGCGGCCUCCACCGUGCUCUACUCUCACGGCAACGCCGCCGACCUGGGCCACCUCUACCAACUCUUCCUGCACCUCUCCUUCAACCUCCGCGUCAACGUCCUAGGGUAUGACUAUUCAGGAUAUGGGCAAUCAUCCGGAAAGCCGAGUGAACAAAAUACUUAUGCUGAUAUAGAGGCUGCUUACAAGUGCCUCGUAGAGAACUUUGGUGCCAAGGAGGAAGAAAUAAUUCUUUAUGGACAAUCUGUUGGGAGUGGGCCUACAGUAGAUUUGGCCAGUCGAUUGCCUUGGCUGAGAGCUGUUGUCCUGCAUAGUCCUAUAUUGUCAGGAUUGAGAGUAAUGUAUCCUGUGAAACGUACAUAUUGGUUUGACAUAUACAAGAAUAUUGAUAAAAUCCCUCAAGUCACCUGCCCUGUGCUCAUUAUACAUGGAACUUCUGAUGAAGUGGUGGAUUGGUCUCAUGGUAAGCAACUAUGGGAACUUUGCAAAGAGAAAUAUGAGCCUUUAUGGCUCAGGGGAGGGAAACACUGUGAUUUGGAGCUCUUCCCAGAAUACCUUAGACACCUCAAGAAAUUUGUUCACACAGUAGAGAAGUCACCAUCCCAUAGGCAAGCCUGGAGGGAAAGUGUGGAUCGGAUUGAACCCUCGCGGAAGAGCACUGACUUUUUCGAGCCCUCACGAAAGAGUACAGACCGAAGGGAGAAAUCAAGGUCAACCAAAGACAGGAUGAGAACCACUGAUCAUAGAUAUAGCAACGUUGAGAAGGACAAACUAAAGAUCUCAUUUGAUCAUUUCGAGAAAUCCAGGAGAAGUGUUGACAUCUUUGAGAGGCCGAAGAGGAACAUUGAACAGCUGGAUUGCGGCCGCAAGAGCGUGGACAGAUUGGACAGGAUUUGGGCUGGCUAAAACCUUUCUUAACAUCUUAUACAGGUUAUACAUGGGGGUUGGUUGUUUUGGGGUGUUUUACUUCUGUAUUUAUUUGUGUUCACCCAUGUGCUGGAAGGUGUGGCAUAAGAGUCAGUUCGCCGAAACAAAAGAAAGGUGAGAAGAACAGCUAAUUGCUGACAAGGUUUUCUCUGUAGAACUUGUGAUGGUUUAUGUGGUGGAAGAAGUUUAUGGUGGUCUUCGACAAAUGGUUGUUCUAUUAGGGGUGUUAAACUGUAUGACAAUUGAGACUAGUCCAUUGCAGCAUUGUGUAUAAAUUUCAAGUCAUGUUGCUUUGUAUCAAUAAUGUUUCUUCUCUUUAGUUGAACUUUUUGUUUGUGCA